UGAAACCGGGAUUCUUAGUACCAGAAGAGGUAAGCUGUCCAUCGCUACAGUUAAAAUGAGAGAAGCUUAUAAAGUAGCGGUGGUCGGUGGUGGCUUUGCAGGGCUAGUCACGGCCAGGGAGCUUCAAAGAGAAUGUCAUCGAGUCACCGUAUUUGAAAAGGCCAACAAUGUUGGUGGCAUGUGGCUCUAUGAUUCACGGGUGGACACUGAUCUAUUAGGCCUUGACCCGAAUCGGGAAAUAGUUCAUAGCAGCCUUUACAGAUCACUUAGAGUUAACCUUCCAAGGCAGAUUAUGGGAUUCAUGGACUAUCCAUUUGUGGAGAAAGAAGGUGGGGAUCCGAGGAAUUUUCCGGGUCCUGAAGAGGUACUCAGGUUUCUUGAGGAUUUUGCUCGGGACUUUGGGUUAAUGAGGUUGAUUCGAUUUGGGCAUGAAGUGGUUCGGGUGGAGCGAGUUGAUGAGGUGAGUCACGAGUGGGUUGUUGAGUAUAGGAUUCAAGAGAAUGAGUCAAGAUGGGAAUGGAAAGAGGAGGUGUUUGAGGCUGUGGUUAUUUGCAAUGGUAAACACACUGAGCCAAAAGUUGCAGAAUUUUCAGGCAGGGAUACUUGGCCAGGAUUGCAGAUGCAUAGCCAUAACUACCGGACUCCAGAACAAUUUGAAAAUAAGAUAGUGGUGCUUAUCGGGAAUGGAUCAAGUGCCAAUGACAUCUUGAAAGAGAUUUCCCCUAUUGCAAAACAAGUUCAUCAGGCUAUUAGAGGGCCUGAUUCCCAAUGGAAAAGGCUGGAUAAUCAUGAUAACGCCUGGCAGCAUUCUAUGAUUGAAUGCGCUCGUAAAGACGGUGUGGUGGUAUUCCAAGAUGGAUCAAUUGUUGAUGCAGAUGCCAUUAUUCAUUGCACCGGGUACAAAUUCCAUUUCCCAUUUCUUAGGUCAAAUGGGAUAAUUACUGUCGACGACAACCGGGUUGGACCUCUGUAUAAACAUGUAUUUUCAACAAGCCUGGCCCCUUGGCUUUCUUUUGUGGGACUACCUUACAAGGCAGUACCCUCUGUAGUGAUGGAAUUUCAGCCAAAAUGGGUGGCAAAAGUUCUGUCCGGCAACGUAAAGCUGCCAACCCGAGUAGAGCUGGCAUAUUCCGUUGAAGAGCUUUACCGUCAAAUGGAGAAGACCGGACGACCGAAACAUCUUACUCAUACGCUUCAACAGGACUACAAGUUUGAAUAUGAAAGAUGGCUGGCCGCUCAGUUGGACAUUAAGCCGCCGGAGAGGUGGAAGGAAAUAAUGUUUUUCUCCAUCCAGAAAAUAAAAUCAUAUUAUGGUGACGAGUAUCGAGAUGCAUGGGAUGUCGACAAAUGGAUACGAGAAGUAGAUUCCUCUGAUUAAACUCCGCAGAUGAUAAAUCAAAUAUAUAGAUCUCAUACACAAUGCUUGCAUAUCAAAUAUAAA